AUGCCGCUCCUAUUGAUCCUCCCUCGAGUUCACGUUCCAGGCCCUUAUCCAGCAUCUCCGGGCGAGUUCCCAUUUACGACUCAGACUCCGAAUCGUCAGUAUUGCGUUUUCAUGAAACAGAACCAUAUGGAGAAAGACAUGGCAAUUAUGGGGUACAAACUGAUACUGAGAGGGUUGAAGUUUUACGAUAACCAUGGAGCGAUCCCUGAAGAGAAGACCCUGGGACAGAUGUUUAUGCUUGACAUAGAUGCAUUUAUGUCUCUCAAAAAGGCUGGUCUAUCAGAAAACUUAGCUGAUUCAGUCAGCUAUGUCGACAUUUACAAUGUGGCGAGGGAAGUUGUCAAGAAACCUUCUGGAGGCAGUAGCGGAGCUCAUAGCCUCCAAAAGUUUUGA